CGACGCAACAUACGACCUCAACUUCACCUUGAACCGGACACUUGCCUUUCGACUCGACACUCGACACCUCUCUCCGUCUUCCUGCUCCUGCGACAUCAUCUGUCGCUGUCUCUCUUUUGCAUUCUCUCACUGAUACCCCCUUCCCACCGCCCUCCUAACCACAUCAUACGCCAUGGCCGCCAGACCUGCGCUCUUCACCCGUGGUCUCUCGGGGCUCUCCCAGAGCACAACCGACCCCAACUCGCCCAGUGUCAGCUCCCCGGCCGACCAGCGUGACGAUGCGAAGCGCAACUUCCUCAAGGCCAUGCGCCCUCUGCCAACACAACACUACUGGAACGUGUACUUUGACAAACAAGCAAAGGACCAGCAAAAGUCGGGCAACGAUGAUGAGUACAAGGUGCAGUUGGAACAGCUUGGCGCGCAGAUAGAAUCCGUUCAGGACUUCUGGAAGUACAACAACAACACCCCCGUCGAUCAGAUCAAGAUGCGCGAGUCCAUAUACCUCUUCAAGCAGGGCUUCAAGCCCAUCUGGGAGGACCGCCGCAACAUCAACGGUGGCGCCUGGACCUUCCGUGUGCCCAAGAACAUUGGCCCCGAUGUGUGGACACGCGUGCAGCUCCUUGCCAUUGGCGAGAAGCUGCAGAGUGUACUAGACGACAACGACCAGAUUUGUGGCGUUGGUCUCUCCGUCCGCUUUAACUCCCACCUCAUCUCCAUCUGGCACCGCGACGGUUCCAAGCAAAAAUCCGUCGAUGCCAUCCUCGAGUGCGUACUCGAAGAGCUCCCCGCUGAGCUGCGUCCCAAGGCCGACAACUACUUUUACAAGCGCCACCAGGACCACGCUGGCUUCAAGGCACCUCCCGAGCUCCAGGUCGUCAUCGACUCACAAAAGGCAGCUGCCGACAAGGCCAAGGCUGCGGCCGGAGAGGCGCCGGCUUAGAAGGUCAACCGCGUCCCUCCGCAUUCUGCCCCCUUUUGAGGUCCUGUUGGGGUCUGGGAGGAGCUUCGCUGCGGUCCAAAGGCCAAGCACCGUAGUUUCUGCACGAAUGCCUCCUAGGCCUUUCUCUUCUCUGCACAAGAGGCAACCCCCAUCCAGUGACGGACGCAGUGGUGAGGAGGAAUCUCAC